AUGGGUUGGUCGCCUGGUAAAGGGCUUGGAAUGAAUGAGGAUGGGUCACAGGAAUGCAUCAAACUUUCUCAUAAACUAGAUAACCUUGGGAUUGGUGUCUCCAAAAAAACUAUUGAUAAUUGGUUAGAUAAUUCGAAUGCAUUUGAUAAAUUAUUAAAAGGACUAAAUCAACAAGACCAAGCUAAUGUCACCGAAGAAGUUGCGCAAAAUCAUAGUAAUGAUCUAGAAUUAGGUCAUGACUUGGACGUUAUUAAAGCUUCAAAAUCUAAGAAAAAAAAAGUUAAAAAAGAUAAAUUAAUGCUUAAAAAUAAGAAGAAAGACAAAUUGGAUUUUUCCAAGUCUAAUACCAUAAAUAAGUCGAAUGUAAAUACUAUUAGUUCUUCUAUACGUCUCGCUCAUCGCGCAAAAUAUCUUGAAAGUAAAAAGGCUGCUACGAAAGAUUCUGAACGAUUGAAAGAAAUUUUUGGUAUUAAAGCUAAAUCCAAUGUUGAAUCCAUUUCAGAUUUUAAAAAUAAUUAUAAAAUUAGUCAAGAUGAUUUUGAAAAUGUUAUAAACAGUCAAAAUAAUUCUAAUAAAAACGAAAAAGAUUAUUUCUCGGAUAUUAAUGGUGUUCAAACAAUAGUUAAUAAAUUAAGCACACAAGAUUACUUUUCAUUAAAAGCAAAAAAAAUGAAUUUGACAGAAAGUGCAUCACACUUUGAAGAUAAAAGUGACGAACGGCCUUGCUUUAACUUGAGCGAAUUAACUAAUGAAGAUUCUAUAGGUCCUGAACUCGUCACUGAGGGAAACGAAGAACGAAACUCUGAUUAUGAGCUUCACAAUAAUUUCAAACCAACAGCAAAUGCUCUCGAAACUAGAGGGAAGAGGAAAGACUUAAAGCUCUCAAACGCUCUCUCCAUUUUCGUUAAUUAUAAGUGUUUUUACUAUGAUUUUCCAAAAUUUCUAUUUCCGUAUAAAUUACAUAUUGCAUUUAUAUAUUAUUUAUCAAAAUUGACUAGUAUCCCCCGUAUUUCUCCUCGCUUUGGUACUAUUAUUCUUGCGGCAGUCAGUUUUUUUGUUUCUUCAUGGUUUGCUGUAGUUUACCUAGCAAAACCAGGGGAUUAUGUACCUGAUAUGUCAAGAGGACUUACAUUGGUAUUUGGUAUAGCAUUCAUUAUUAUGGCAUUGGUCUCCUUAUUUGGAAUAAUUGGUUCACUUUUUGAAAUUCAAACUGCUAUUCUUCAAAAUAGACAAUAUGAAGUUGAUAAUUGUGUUAAAUAUUUACAAAAACAACCGGGUUAUAAUAGUACAAGUACUUCACUAGAUAAUGAUUCAGCAUAUUGUACACAUUAUGAGAUAGUGAUUAUUAUAAGAAAUAUUGUUACAGCAAUAUUAUUAAUACUGUUUAGUAUACUUUUCGCUAGAGUUUCAUCUGUUUAUGCUCAAAAACUUGAAACUCGUAGUAGAUCUAAACGUCUACCAGCGACUAGUCUUACAUCAGUUGCGAGUGUUUCAACUACUGAUUUUAAUCCAACUGACAAUCUUCAAAUUCCGGAAAUCGAUCCUAAGCCAUGUCAAAUUGUAGGGUU